AUGGAAGUGGGUCAAGGAUGCACCGAUGAGAUCAGUUACUUACCAUGGUGGUCAAGUCUUAGCUUGGCACUGAACAAGUUCAAGGCCAAGGUGGUUGGAUUGGCAAAGAAGGUGAAGAAGGUAGGAAAAGACGAUCCCCGACGAGUGGUUCAUUCUUUCAAAGUAGGCUUCGCACUCUCCUUAGUUUCCCUCUUCUACUACAUCUCAGCUCUAUUCGCCGGCUUCAGAACAUCGGCCAUUUGGGCGGUGCUAACCGUUGUGGUGGUCAUGGAAUAUACUGUCGGUGGAACCCUGAGUAAAGGCUUAAACAGAACUUUUGCAACAUUGUUGGCCGCUGCACUUGGAGUUGGUGCUCACCAGAUAGCCAUUCUCGCAGGGGAGAAAGGAGAGCCUUUCCUCCUUGGGCUUUUUGUGUUUCUUUUAGCUGCAGCGGCAACGUUCUCGCGAUUCAUACCAGAGAUCAAAGCAAGAUAUGACUACGGGGUGACCAUAUUUAUACUGACAUUUAGCCUGGUGGCGGUGUCGAGUAAUCGAACAGUAGAUGCAUUUGAGCUUCUGCAGUUAGCUCAUCAGAGGAUCUCCACCAUUGUCAUUGGGGUAGCCAUCUGCCUCUUGACCUCCGUCUUCAUUUGCCCUGUGUGGGCCGGGGAAGAUCUCCACAAGCUUGUGGCUGCCAACUUGGAAAAGCUAGCCAGCUUCUUGGAAGGAUUGGGAGAAGUGUACUUUGGAGACAAGGUUGGAGGAGAGAGAAUGGAGAGCAAAUGCUUCCCCCAAGCUUACAAGAGUGUGCUCAAUUCCAAGUCCAAUGAGGAAUCUCUGGCAAAUUUGGCGAGAUGGGAGCCAGGACACGGCCAUUUUGGGUUCCGGCAUCCUUGGAAACAGUAUCUGAAGGUUGGGGCUCUCAGUCGCCAGUGCGCCUAUUCCAUGGAGGCUCUCAUGUCCUACAUCACCACUAAUGAAAGGACCCAGACUCCUGCAGAUUUAGAGCUCAGAAAAAUGAUCUCAUCCACAUGCAAGGAGAUGAGUAUUGAGUGUGGCAAAGCAUUGAAAGAACUGGCAGCUUCCAUUGGAACAAUGACAACACCUGGUGUCUGCCGCCAUAAUAUUGCCAUCGCCGCAGCCACCACCACACUGAAAGCUUCGCUCUCCGAGGAGGGCAUCCCCUCAAUGAUAUUAGAAACAGCUAUCACAGCAUCCUUGCUCUCACAAGUAGUCCAAUGUGUGCCCCAAAUUGUUGCCUCUGUGGAGGAACUUGCUCGGCUUGCCCAGUUCAGGGAUUGCGAGACCCUUCAUAAAGCAACAGUGAAGCCUUUAACUGAAGGAGGAAGCCCUGGCGUUGUCAUUACUGUAAUGGAAUAGCAGGAUUAUUCCGUGGAUUAUAUAUGUAUGGCAGUAUGGGUGUUGAGGAA